AUGUCUCAGCAACUACACGCACGCUUUGCGGCUCACAAAACACAGAUCUUAGCCGAAAUUUUGUCUCCAGGGCCAGACGCAUCCCCGAAAGGAUCCAUCGACCUUCACAUCCUUCCCUUGAUUAAUCGGCUAAACGAGCAUCGUAAGAUCAUUACCACGAGUAGCUGCAGUGGGAGAAUAAGUGUUUUCCUGGAGGGCUCGAAAAAGCUAGCUGGGGAGGGUUCUCGAGCAAUCGGGGAAGCCCCUGAACCAGACGAGAAAGCUGAAUUUCCCUCGGGUAAUGCGGGCAUGGGUGGAAAAGGUGGGGGAAAGUGGUUGUUUGUUUCCCAUGACCCUGUGGACUGCAAUGAUAUGACUCCAAGAGAAGUGUGUCAAAUGUUGCUUGGAGGGCAUGUUCUCGGUUUAGGUUCUAUGAACAAUCAAGUUCUUACCGAGCCAGUGCUUUCUGAAGCGGGAACUGGUGUCUCAAGCUCCACCCGGCUAGUCCACAUGAAGUUCGAACCUAUGAUACUCCAUAUACAGACCCUCGAUCUUCAGACCGCUCGUAUUAUCCUCACUGCGGCCUUAUCGGCCGGUUUUCGUGAAUCCGGAAUCAUGAAUCCAGGGCUCACUGAACAUUCGUUUCCCAUGAUUGCCAUACGCUGUAAUGGAUUAGUGGUGGACUCGAUAAUCGGCGUUAUGAAUGUCACCCCUUCCGGUAUCAAGAUGAUAGUUGAUGAGAACUAUUUGAAAACAAUGAUGCUUGUUUCAUCGUUGAGGUUUGAAGAUAACAAGAGGAGGAUUGAUGCAUUCAGUGGCAAAAUCGAGCAGGUCCUGUUUAAUCAAGGACAAGCUCCAUCAAAGGAGAGCAAGGGAGAGCGGAAGAUACGAAAACGAGAGGAAGGGUUAAGGAGACAGAGGAUUUUAAGAGCCGCUCAGGCACACGGCGAAAGCCAACUCUAGACACUUCGUUGACGCGGAGCCGGCACAGCACUAAAGACAUCCAAUCUUGGUGCGAAAGAAAUGAAAGCCAAUGGGAAUCUAGAUUGGUUUUGUUGGGGAGGCCUCUUUCAAGUCGUUUGAACCCUCGCGCGUCCAUGUUCAUAAUCCUGUGUGUUGCGAGCCCGGAGGGACGAUCGCAAUUUAAAAAUCUCAAUAUGGUGACCGUGGCCAUUUCCGCUUCUCAACGACGAAGCACAAAAAAGUGGGACCUAGCUUUCCUUGUCCGCAUGUCAAGAGCAAAAUCCCUGCUAAAAUAGAUAGUCCAUAAAAUAAACUCGCCAUUUCCUC